AUGACCCGAGCACCCCAGGGCGAGCAGCAGGCAGGGGAGCAGCCGGGGGUGACCGGGGCACCCCAGGGAGUGCAGCAGGCAGGAGGGCAGCCGAGGGUGCCCGGGGAACCCCACGGAGUGCAGCAGGCAGGAGGGCAGCCGAGGGUGCCCCGGGCACCACAGGGAGUGCAGCAGGCAGGAGGGCAGCCGAGGGUGCCCGGAGCACGGCAGGGAGAGCAGCUGGCAGGGGGGCAGCUGGGGUUGACCGGGGCACCCCAGGGAGCGCAGCAGCCAGGGGGGCAGCCGAGGGUGCCCUGGGCACCCCAGGGAGCGCAGGACGACCAGGAGCAGCAGGCAGGGGGGCGAUCGAUGGACGACCAGGAGCAGCAGUUGGAGGAGUGGUGUCAACUAUUGGAGUUUGGUACCCCCAUGGCGACUGCGGAGGUGUCAGAGGCAGACGGAGAACCUCCCAGGCCGCCUUCCCUAUGCCCCCGUUUUCCUUGUGACACGUGUUUUCACACUUUCGCUACGCGAGGGGCCGCUGCAAACCACAUGAGGGUAUGCCGGGCGGCUGAGGUGGAGAGGCGUGGACAGGCUCUCGGCUCGAUUCCGUCUCUGGUGGAGACCGACACUAUGGAGGCGGUUGGAGGGAGGACAGUGCGCCGGAUCCCACAGCGGGCCAGGUCGGGGGUCUUAGACGUGCUCUGUUGCAUCCUAAAGCGCUUGAAGAGCCAACCGGGAGAUGAAGCCGCUACCCUCCUACUCUUGGCGUUUCCGCGCCUCAUCCUAGCCGUGCCUCCCAAGCCAGGCACAGGUCAGAAGGCGCUGAUCACAGAGUGGCUGGGUGCAUUCUGGGAGGGGAGGUGGCGGGAGCUGUUCGACUCUGCCAUGGCGGCGGCGCGGCUAGCAGUUCGCCCACUUUCCUACACUUGCUCUGACCAGGACCCGGAUGCCAUCCGCCUGUCACGGUGCUGA